AUGGGACCGCUCCGCAAGCCAACGGCUCAACAACCCCAGCCUUGUCCCCAACAUGAGAGCGAGCAGAUUGUCAAGCGGCCGAACCACUCGGGCCCCGAGGACCACAACCAGUACAACCCCGACCCCCUAGGGCACUUUCUCACCAUCCCCUGGGCAGCAACAAUGCUGACGGACCCGGCCGCGUUUGACAUCAUCGUCUCGGAUCGCCGCCUCGUGCUCUCUCGCGAACAUCAAUUUGUUCGUUCCGUCAUGAGCAGCGAGACGACGGUGCGUGCGUGCGUCACCUUUUGCCUCAAGUUGCCGCCGAACGAAGAGGCUGGUCAAAAGGGCGUGCGGCCACCCAUAUCCAAGAGCAAGAAGCUUCUGUCCGGCGGUGGACCCGAGAACGGCGAGGAUCCGGAGAGGCCCUUUUUGAUUUACAACGUGCUCAUAGAUCUGGGAGUGGGCCUGAGCAGUUUCAGAGGGAUGCUGCAUGGCGGAGCGAUGGCCGCCUUGCUGGAUGAGGCCAUGUGCGCUGCUGUGAAUAAUCAGAGCAGUGAGUUUUCGCGUCGCAUCCCACCCUCAACACAGCGGGGCUAACGACGCCGUGCGGCGACAGAGUAUGUGUUCACAGCGACAAUGACAAUCAGCUUCUUGAAACCGGCCAGGUUGCCCGGCGCGUUUAUUGUCAGGGCAAGGGUAGUCAAGAAGCAAGGGCGUAAGCUCUGGGUCAGGGGUACACUUGAGGAUGGCGACGGUGAGCCCUUUUCCCCCUUGGAGACUAGCCUACCUGACAUACUACAUCUUUGGGUGAGAUGACACAACUAACUGACACUACCUAGGCGAAGUUAAGGCAGAGAGUGAGGCAUUGUUGAUGGAUCAAACGCCUGGGAGGCGGAGCAAGCUGUAGCGGCGGGGGAAUGAUUGAAAAUGGAUAAUCUUAAGACAUCGAGUCACGAUUGUGCGAAUAGGGACCAUUAGAGAGUUAGCAAUAGGUAACCACCUUGAUGGCUGAUGUUCCCGACCAGGAGACGAAGC